AUGGUCAAUACUGAUGAAAGACGCAACUCUCCAAAAAGAAACUUUUCUACUCUUCGUGAAUAUUGUGUAACUCCAAACAAAUAUUCAAUGGCAUUGGUAUCCGACGAAAUGCCAUCUACAGAAGACAAUAAAAUUGAAUCAUUGCCGUCAGGUAAUAAUGUUUCUGUAGAAGAUGAAGAAUCAAAUCAAGUUAAAACGACGCCAUCAACAAAAAUUGAUGAAGAAAAAGAAGAAAAAGAAAAUCAACCCUCAGUUUCGGCUUCAACAGAAUCAAAGAAAUCAUUAUCUACAACAUCUGAUGUACAAGAAGAUAAAUCAACUUAUAUUCCUUCGAAAAAUCCUAAAAAAGAAAAUAUUAAUAGACAAUAUCAAGAACAAGAAAAAUCAACAUCAAAAUCUCGUGCCAUUAAUUUUGAUUCAACAACAAACGAUGAUGACAAGAAUGGAUCUAGAUCACGUUCAAAAUAUUUAAUUAAUACUCGAUCAUCAAAAUCAUCACGUCGACCAGUUGAUUUUAUUGAUACAUUAGUUGAAAGUUAUAAACUUGAAACAAAAAAUGAUAGAUCACCAACAAGAGAAGAAAUGAAAUAUGUACCAAAAACACACCGUUCACGUUUAAAUCCUAAUUGGCGUGAACAUCGUACAAGACGUUUAAUGAAUAAAUUAGAAGAAUUAAGUUUAUGGGAUCGUGAAGAAGAAUUAAAAGCAUCUCAAGCACAAUCAUUACGUGAACAAAAAUGGGAACAAAUACAAGAUCGUCAACGUAAUCAUGAUUUAUGUUUACAUUUAAUGCGUCAAAGACAUGAAAGUGAAAUGGAAAGUGCUGUUAAAUUAGAUCGUGCAGCAACAGGUAUUAAUGAUGAAAAUACAAAUGCAACAAUAGCUACUGCUAUGAAUUUAGCAUCACCAAGUAAUGUUCUUGCUUAUGAUUUACCAACACCACCACAAAUACUUAAACGACGUGUUCGACAAGAUGAAGAAAAUUCAUUAGAAUAUAAAACACCUAUUGGACGUUAUCGACAAUUUGAAAAAAAUAUGAAUAAUAAAGUUGAUAAAAUUAAUCAAAAAUUACAACCAGAUCGUGAAAUAAUGCGUGCAUAUAAUCCAUAUUAUACACCAAUACCAUCAACAGUUGUACCAUUAUUUAGUGAAACAUAUUCAGCAUUACUUAGUGUACCUGAUGCAUCACCAUCAUCAAAUAAAUAUAAUCAACAUUAUUAUGGUGCUGCUUCAUAUUUACAUCAACCACAACGUGCUUCAAGUCCUGAUUAUGAAACACGUCUUCGAUCAUAUUCAAAUCGUGAUGUACGUGUACCAUUAAAAGAACAAGCUAAUGAUUAUAAUGCUUAUGAUGAUAAUAAUACGGAUGAUUAUAAUCGUUCAAAUCUAAUUGAUAGUGAUUAUCGUACAAAAUAUCGUUCAACUCCACUUGAUGAUGAUUAUUAUAAAAAAUAUCGUACAAAUCCAAUUGAUAAUGAUUAUCGUACAAAAUAUCGUUCAACUUCAAUUGAUGAUGGUCAUCAUUUAAAAUAUCGUUCAAAUCCUAUUGAUGAAAAUUAUUAUUCAAAAUAUCGAUUAAAUCCUAUUGAUGACGAUUAUAAUCCAAAAUAUCGAGCAAAUCCUGUUGAUGAUGAUUAUUAUCCAAAAUAUCGAGCAAAUACUAUUGAUGAUGAUUAUUAUCCAAAAUAUCGAUCAAAUCGUAUUGAUGAUGAUGAUGAUGAUUUUAAAUAUCGUACAAAUCCUGUUGAUGAUAAUUAUUACACAAAAUAUCGUUCAACAUUAUCAUCAAGACUUGAUUAUAGUCCACCAAGACGAACAACAAGUUUAGCAUCACCUACAGCAUCAGCAUUAUAUGAUUAUACAACAGUAGCAAAUACUCCACGUGAACAUUCAUUUAUUCAUUCACGUCAACCAAUAUCAAACAGUAUACAUGUACGAAGUUUAAAUGAUGAUCUUAAUGCUAUAACACGUUAUUCAGCGGAAACAAGUAAGAAAAUCUUACAAAAUAUUGGUGAUCCAACAAAUGAUUUAUCAAUAAAACCACGUUCAUCAACAAAAAAAUAUACGAAUUAUAAUGAUCAAGAUGAUGAUAAUGAAAAUUUUAAUUAUAGUUCAUCACACAAUUAUUCAUCGAAAAAAAUGCAUCAACCUAUAGAAAUUCUAUCGCUUUCAUCAACACGAUAG